CAAGCAGGUGCGCGGCGGGCAGGCGGUGGCGGUCGCGCCGUCGGUGCUGGGCAAGAUCGUGGCGCAGAGCCGGCUGCGCGAGCCGCGCGCACUGGACGCGCGGAAUUUCGGCGGGAAAGUCACCUCCAGCGGCCACGCGCGGGCGCAGGACGUGAAGGAGGGCAAGCGGGGCGAGAUCGAGAAGAUCCAGGUGCGUAUCCAAGAAAAAAACUGUGUUAGUGUAACUUUCUUUGGCUAACAGCAUCACAGAUUUGCUCUACAUGGUAGAGAAAACCUGUCAUGCGUGGCUGGUAAGGGAAAACACACAUGGAAAGAGGACUUUGUGCGUGUCUGGCAUGAGAGGCGUAACUCUCUGGCAUGUUCUGCAUUACAGAGUUACACUUACACAGUUUUUUUCUUGCAUAGUGCGGGUGUGGAGCCAAACGCCGGAAUGGCGCGACUUCGUCCGCACGCUAGAGUCCACGACCGUGGCGACGCGAAGACGCGCGGAGCAAUUACAGGAGUCUAGUGCAGCGCGACUACCCCCUAGCACAGAAGAUGAAGGCACAGCUUCUUCUACUACAGAUGAAGAUUCCUUGACGUCGCAAAGCGGUACCGAUGACGCUGAGCAAGCCGCCGGAGCUGGGGCCACGUCCUUCGGGCCCAGCAGUCUGACGUCCCUCGCGGACGCCGCGGUGCGGGAGCAACUGGCCAUCCAGAAGUUGAGCGACAUGGAGGGCAACGUGCCGGUCCGGGUGCCGCGCAAUCUGACGCCCACCGGCGCCGUUUUACUCGAUGCGGUGGAAAACGAAAAACCCGCGGGCACCGUCACGCUGUGGCUGGAGGGGGUGGGGGACUGCCACCACUUGCGCGGGCGGAAGGAUGUGCUGGUCGAUUUCGUCGUGCCCCGCGGCCAGUGGCGCAAGCGGCACAUCGCCAUAGACUGCGCGCCCGAGGACUGGCACCAGAAAGGUUCCUCGUCGCGCAAAGCGGAUGCGUCGAAGAAAGAGCAGCUCCUUCACAAUGAUGGUUCCAGUCGACGUGGUGCGAGUAGUACUGGUGCGACGGAGGAAGAAGAGGUACACCAGCGGUCUUCAUCCGGAUCUCUACUGGAGGGAACGCCGCGGAGUGUAGGUGAGCGAGGCGCGAACGCCGACGCUUUUGACCCUGCAGAUGAGCAUGAAAACACGGACAGCCAGGGCAAGAACCCCGAGAUGACUGAGGAGGACACGACGACCCCUAGCCAACCACCCGAGCUGACAGAUUUGGAGAAGUACGAGCAGCUGCAGGUGAGCCGGAAAAUCGCGCUGACCCUGCAGCAGUGCCGCGACGCGAUCUGCGACAACCUGCGCGCGUGCCUGAAUCCGGAGCAGCUGGAGGUGGUGCAGGGUGUCCUGUCCGAGGACUGCAGCUUCGGCAACCCCAUGCUGGUCUGGGGUCCGCCGGGGACGGGCAAGUCGUUCACGCUGCUGUGCGCGCUGUGGAAGGUGCUGAAGCACCUACCCGACGUGAAGGUGAUGGUGUGCGCGCCCUCCAACAAGGCCGCGGACCUGCUGCUGGUCGGACUGGCGAAGAAGAUCGGUCUGCAGACCAAGGACCUGAUCCGCGUCAACUCGCGCGCCCGCCAGCACUACCUGGAGACCCACUUUCCGGAGAUACCGGACAUGCUGGACCCUGCAAACCCGAGCGAGGACGAGCUCGCGCAGAAGGAGGAGUGCGUGCGGCACAUAUUCAAAAGGAAAAAGUUCGUCACGAUCACCAAUGCGCACUGUUGCAAUACAAAAUUGUCUGUCAUGCGUACUAGCCAUGCAUCACAGUCGAAUGUAGUCAUACGGGGGUUCCCUUGUGGUUGUGCAAGACAAGCAAAAGCUGUGAUGCGUAGAAGAAUUUGUGAUGCAAAUCCUGCAGCUUCUUGAGUUGACUAUGGCGAACUUUUUUCUUUCGAUAGCACAGCAUGAUGCUCCAGUACAGCACGUGCGACAGUUACGACAUCAAAAGCACGCACCGGGUCCUGGUGACCACGGCGACCGCCGCGGGAAACCUUCCCACGUUCUUCGACUCGGCGGCAAAAAAGGCCAUCAACCCGGUGGUGUUCGUGCCCGACCUGGUCAUCGUGGACGAGGCCGGGCAGUGCACGGAGCCCGACGCCUACGUGCCGCUGGCGCUGAACCCCCGCCGGGCCCGGGUGGUGCUGUGCGGGGACCACAAGCAGCUGCGGCCGACGGUGCUGGAGCAUAUCCAGCGCAAAUAUGUCUGGGUCUGGAAAAGUGCAAGGUUUGUCAUGCUAGGCUAGCAAGACCCUUAAGUCUGUCAUGCACGUUACCCAAAAGCCUUAUUUUUCUGUGAUGCAGAAGCGCAGGUUGUCACGCAGAAUGGGCAACACUUAGAAGCUCAGAAGCUUGUCAUGCUGAGCUAUCAUCUGUGGCCUCUACGACAUACUUACUACGUCACUCAGCAUUACAAGUUUCCAGACCCAGACAUAUUUGCAUUUGAUAGAGCAGCAGGCCGAGCAGCUGCAGCUGAACAUCAGCAUGCUGGAGCGCCUGGCCUCCGAGCGUAUCCGCGCGGAACAUCGCCGCCGGGAACUGCUGCGGCUGAACGCGAGUGUUUCAUCUGCAGCUCGCGGUGGCCCCCCGGCGCAGGUGAACGAAAAGAUCUACUUCCUGACGAAGACCUUCCGGUCGCACCCGGACUUGACCCGGCUGUGGAACGUGUUUUACGGCAAUCUGCUGAAACCCAUGUCCGACCGAGAGAAGACCGUCGUGCGGUUUCGCGCCACCGGCCAGCCCGCACUAUUCCAUGACCUGGGCGGGGAGGAGCAGAGCCAUAAGGAGGAAAAAGUACAGCAGAGCUACAUCAACCAGCUGGAGGCGCACCUGGUUUGCGAGUACAUCGUACGCAGAGGGAGUUCUUUGGGGGUUCGUGAUUGCAGUGACUGUCAUUUUUGCCGCUACUUCUGGUUUGCCGCUUCUGGUUUGCGCUUUUUGUUCUGGAAUACAUAGAUAAGGUAAUUCGACUUGACCCUGUGGAGCAAAACUUUUACAAGGAACGAGGAAAAUUUUCCUGUGCAUGACGUAAGAAGGCCGGCGAAGCGAUGGCACGAUGAACUGCAUUCUACAAAUCCAAAUUUUUGGUUUCAUACGUUCUCCACGAGGUAACGCAGCAUGUCCGCACCAAGGACAUUGGUUAUCAAAAGGAAAAAUCCCCCCUCCCCAUAUCGAAAACGUAUCCGUCUGAAAAUUUGUGAUGCGCAUUUGUGACCUCAAAUCCUGUCUGUCUUGCAAGAAGGCAAGUCCAGAAAGCGUUUCGCAUUUUUCAGGCGGUUUGUGAUGCUGUUUGGCUCAGAGCAUGCACGUUUGUCAUGCUAGGCGCCUACGUCAAAACCUCUCGGCUGAGGCUUGCCAUAUGCCUGCAUUCCUCCACUGCAAGACAAAGCUGAUUUGUGUAUGGAAAUCCAGCAUCAGACACUUCGUUUCGAUAUGGGGAGGGGGCAUUUUUCCUCAUGAUAUUGGUGUGAUCACGUUCUACGACGCUCAUAUCGUAUGAAAAACGCCCGGCUUCACUGUGACGAAAAUUUUGCACCACGGCGGUCCAUGUGACGAGUCCGGCAUAAGUACGUGUAAAAAUAUGCGACGCGAGCUCUUUGCUGGAGCAGAAUAAGCAUGAAACAUGAAGUGUGAGUGUCCUUUUUUGCACCAUAAUCGGCGAAGCAGACUAAAAAGCAGUCUUUGACUCAUUCGAAAUUUCCGUUUUUGAAUCCCCUGCUUUUGAACCUACUUAAUUGCACACGGUGAAGCAGUUUUUUCCAAUUUUUCUUCCAUACCGUAGGUGAAGUGGAUCCAGCAGAAGUUGAUGAACCUCUCCGAGAGCGGGGAGGUGUACCUCGGCGACAUUGAAGUGGGUACCGCAGAGUACUUUCAGGGCAGCGAGAAGCGCGUGAUCAUCAUCUCUUGCGUGCGCACGGCGGCCAUCGGGUUUCUCCGGGACGAAAAGCGGUUGAACGUGGCGCUGAGCCGCGCGCAGGACGGCAUGGUGGUAAUUGGCGCGUUUUCCAACCUGCUGGCCGAAGACCCGCACUGGAAUUCCGUCCUCACCGUCGCAAAAAACAUGGGCUGCCUCGUCAGCGGAACGGAGUGAGGACGAGGAAGAAAGGGUGGCUGUUUCUUGAUGUUACUGGCUGCACAGUAGUAUCAGUCGAUGUUUGUCAUUGUCUCUGACAUCGGGGGGCUCCUCUUUUAUAUUUAUUUUUCACCUUCGUGGCCCAUCUUCAGGGAAGUAGAGAAAAAAAAUUUUACACACGACAUCUCCACAUUUGGGAAGAACAACUUGGCCCCAAAUGUACGUAGUUACCAUGUCGUGUUUGUUAAGAAGUACUUGUGUUCAUCUUUGGUCCACUUGUGCCCGCUUCUUUCCGAAACUCGCGUAGUCUCGCACAGACUCAUACGAAAC